AUGGCGCAGAAGCAGAAGCCGAAACGUCCUUCCCCUCUCGAUGAGCCACCCACGGCUUCUUCUUCAGAUUCCGAGGAAGAAGAAAUGCAGCAACCGUCCUCUAUGCAACAUGAAGAGGAAGAGGAGGAAGAAGUUUCCUCGGGAGAGGAGGAGGAAGAAUCCUCCGGAGAAGAGGCAGAAGAUGAUGAUCUUCCACCGCCUAUCUCCAAAACCCACGCUCCACCCCCUCCCAAAACCCCUCACCCCCAGCCCUCAUCCUCUGAUUCCAAAACCGAAUCCGAAUUCGGGACCGAGUCCGAAUCCGAAUCCACUCCCGCUAAGGUGGUGAAGCCCCUCGCGUCCAAGCCCAUGGACCAGGCCCAGAAGCCCAAGGUCUUACCUGCGACGGCGCCAUCCAAACCGUCAUUGAAACGUCCCGCCGAGAACAACAACGCCGCCCACGUCGCGAAGAAGAAGAAGAAAUCCGGCGAUUCGUCUUCUUCCACUGCUGCUUCCGACGAGGAGAUGGAAGUGGACGGGAAGAAGUCCGGCGAUCAACUGAAGAAGUCAGGCGAUCAACUGAAGAAGCAGAGGCUGUGGAGCGAGGAGGACGAACUCGCCAUUCUGAAGGGCAUGAUUGAGUUCGCCUCAAAAACAGGGCAGGACCCUCUUAAGUUUGCGGGUACCAAUGCUUUCCAUGAUUUCAUGAAGAAGUCGGUCCAUGUGGAAGUUACAGGCAACCAGCUGAAGGAGAAGGUGCGUAGACUGAAGAAAAAGUAUGAGAUCGCUGCAGUGAGAGGGAACAGCGCCGAGGGCCUUACAUUUACAAAGCCGCAUGAUCAGAAAACAUUUGAGUUGUCGAAGAAGGUUUGGGGAAGUGAGCAAGAUGGUGGAGUGGCCAAUGGGGCGGUGGAAAAGCCCAAGGCUAAUGGGAGUGCUGCUAAGACUCCAAAGAAGAAGGAAACCGGUAGCAGGAAUGUAGCUUCUGCCAAGAAAGUUAAACCUGAACCAAAGCAGGAGCUGGCUCCGGUGUUGUCCUUGGAGUGGAAGGGAUCUGAAAAGAUGCAGAUUGAUCCAAAGCCUGAUAGUGGCGAAGUGACUAUGUUUUUGCAUGCAGUGUCCCGGUUUACACAGGGUUUUGGUAUUUGUGGGCUGGACGAGCGUGAUGUGAGGAGGGGGUUGGAGUUGAUUGGAGAAUCGAAGAGCGCAGAGUUGAGGGAAAAGUGGAAGAAAUUACAACGUGCUGAGUUGGAACUGUUUGUAAAACGGGCAGAACUGAUUGCGGAGCAGACCAAGUUGAUAGCUGAGGCACUUUGGUCAUCUAACCAUUAA